AUGCCUCCACAGAGUUUGGAUUUUUGUUCCGUGUCACCGUUGGCCCGCCGCUUCGCAGCGCAAAACACGAGAAAGAAGCUUUCCGUUGACCACGAUCUGAAAUCAGAGGAAACAACAUUGGAGGAAAUUUUCUACAAGAAUUUCAACAAACGUAGGAUUGACGUCAAUGACGUUUACCAUGAUCAGAAAAGACGCCGAACUUCUGAGGUCCACCCGAAGUCAUCCCAAAUCAAUGACGUCAUCACAAAUGAGAGCCGACCGUCUACGAGUGACGUCAUUCAGGCGGUUGAACGGCUGUCGACGAACUCCGACCUUGUGGCAGAUGGGUCACGGGACAACGGGCUCCCGACCGUGGCCGGCAAACACAAGGAUCUCAUGGCCAUUUUGCCGGAAACGAUAUCAGCUGUACUGAAUGGCGACUACGAUCACCAUAUUGAUCACUUGACCGUCAUUGACUGUAGAUACCCGUACGAGUUUGAAGGAGGCCAUAUCCGGGGCGCCAUUAAUCUCUACACAAAGGACUCCAUCCGGAACUUCCUGAACGAGACAAUGACCUCAUCAGAAAAGAAUCACGUGAUCGUUUUUCACUGCGAGUUCUCAUCAGAACGAGGCCCAAAGAUGUACCGCCAUCUUAGAUCGCUGGAUCGUGAAUCGAACAAGAAUUCUUACCCACAACUGAACUUCCCAGAGGUUUACCUCUUGGAAGGCGGAUACAAGGAGUUUUAUCACCAGUUCCAGGACCAGUGCUUUCCCCAAAUCUAUGUUCCCAUGUUGCACCAGGAGCACGUGGACGACUUACGUCACUUCCGUGUCAAGUCCAAGUCGUGGGCGGCAGGCGACAAACCACGUCACAGAUCACGUUUAAGUAAAUCUGCUGGAAGUUCUCUCAGACUUACCUUCUGA